AACACCAUCCCAUGUGGAGCUUAUGAUGACAAUGAUGAUGGCCUUGGCAUUUGCCUUGCAAGCAACCAAGCAAGCAAGAUCUGAGCGACAAAGAGCUCUCCGUAGAUAUUUCCUCAAUCUUCUUCUCUGCAACUUCAAUGGCGUUCCGCAGAACCCCAAAGCCCAAACCAAACAAACCCAGAUCCUCAAUCAUCCUCUCCGUCCUCUCCGUGGCCGCCAUUGCUCUCCUGUUCCUUUUCUCUUAUCUAAUUUCCACAAAUGGGUCCCUCUUAUCAUCCUAUAAAAACCCAGAAUUCGGCCUCGGAUUGAGGAAACGCAAGUACCAUCACACGGGCAACGAAAAGUACUUGUAUUGGGGCAACAGAAUUGACUGCCCUGGAAAGCAUUGCAACUCCUGUGAAGGUCUCGGUCACCAGGAAUCUAGCCUCAGGUGUGCCCUCGAAGAGGCCAUGUUCCUUAAGAGAACUUUUGUAAUGCCUGCGAGAAUGUGUAUCAAUCCAAUACACAACAAGAAGGGAAUACUUCAUCAAGACAACAAUGCAACUUCAGAGGACUUGUGGGCAGCAAGCUCAUGUGCGAUGGACUCUUUAUAUGAUAUGGACUUCAUAUCCGAAACUGUACCAGUAAUUUUGGACAAUUCAAAACUAUGGCAUCAGGUGCUAAUGACAAGUAUGAAGUUAGGAGCUAGAGGAGUUGCCCAUGUAGCGGGUGUUAGUCGAGUCAAUCUCAAAGAGAACAGUCGUUACUCGAAUCUUUUACUUAUAAACAGAACUGCAAGCCCUCUUUCAUGGUUUAUGGAGUGCAAAGAUCGAAAUAACCACAGUGCAAUAAUUUUGCCAUACUCGUUUCUCCCGUCAAUGGCGGCACCAAAAUUAAGGAUUGCAGCAGAGAAGAUUAAAGCUCUUCUUGGUGAUUAUGAUGCCAUCCAUGUUCGUCGCGGUGAUAAAAUUAAAACUAGGAAAGACAGGUUUGGAGUCAAAAGGACCCUGCAUCCUCAUCUUGACAGGGAUACACGGGCAGAGAUUAUUCUCCGCAGAAUCGAAAAAUGGGUUCCACAAGGACGAACUCUUUUUAUUGCUUCAAAUGAGAGGACACCAGGAUUCUUUUCACCUCUCGCUGUGAGGUACAAAUUGGCAUAUUCAUCAAACUAUAGCCACAUUCUGGAUCCUGUGAUCGAGAACAAUUACCAGUUAUUCAUGAUCGAGAGGCUUAUCUUGAUGGGGGCCAAAACAUUUAUUAGAACAUUCAAGGUAGACGAUACGGAUCUCAGCCUCACCGAUGAUCCAAAGAAGAACACAAAAUUAUGGCAAAUACCUGUCUAUGCGUUGGAUGAAGAGCAAAGUUGAUGGCAACAUUCCUUACGGAAGGGAUGAAGAGCAAAGUUGAUGGCAACAUUCCUUACGGAAGGGGCAAAAGAAAAAAAAAAAAGCCUUCCAAGUUUUGAACAUUACGGAAAAGCAUUGUGCUGAAAGGUAAUCUUUCUGGGGAAAGAGGGGCCGAAUACUUGUGAAUUUUGUAAAGAAUUUAGGGUUUGUAUAAAUGAGAACAUGGGGUUGUUUCCUUUCCCUCCAUUUAUUUUUCAAAAUAUCUAAAGAUGAGAAUUUCCUACCCGUUUCUUUUAGACCAUUCAGAAGGUAGUUUGUUAGCGGAUUCCGUGUCAUCUGUUCGAGUUAGUUUGUUAGUGGAUUCCAUGUGUCAUCUGUUCGAAGAAUGAGGUUCUCUAAUGGUUUGGAGUUCAUCAUAUGGAUAUGUAGCAUGCAUAGAUUUCUUCUACUUGCUUCCUUCUUAUUUCAAAUUAAUAAUUUUUAACUGUAGAUGCCCUAUUGGGCAGAACCGUUUAUAAUGAAAGGAUGUAUGUAUGCUUUCUUCUC